AUGGGGAGGGGAAGAGUGGAACUGAGGCGGAUCGAGAACAAGACCAACAGACAGGUGACCUUCUCCAAGCGCCGCGGCGGCCUCCUCAAGAAGGCUCACGAGCUCUCCGUCCUCUGCGACGCCGAGAUCGCCGUCAUCAUCUUCUCCAGCCGCGGCAAUCUCUUCGAAUUCGGCAGCGGCGAAAUAUAUAAAACAAUUGAGAGGUAUCAGAGUCAUCGAUAUGCUGCACAAGAGAUCACUGAAGAUAUGAAUGAAGGAAAAAAUUGGUACCAGGAAUUCUACAAGAUGAAAGUAAAAUACAACUCCCUUCAGUGCUCAUACAGGCAUUUGCAUGGAGACGACCUCGGACAACUUAAAGUGAAAGAACUGCAACAACUUGAGCGACAAGUUGAAUUGGCAUUGUCUCAUAUCAGGCAAAAAAGGAUAAAACUAUUGGUUGAUAGGAUUGAUGAACUGCAACAGAAGUCUGAAGGAAGUAGCUCUCUUAGACCCAUUGAAGGAUGCUGCUGGAACUGCAAAGCCAUGGUUGAUGGAGGUGUUCCCUUACCAUUGCGCGCUUGCCCUCUCAACACCAACACCAACACCAACACCAAGCCUUCUGAACCAUCCUUGCAGAUUGGGUAUUGGAAUUUCCCCCCUCCUGAAGCUGCCACAGAAAGGGAGAACACUUCAGGAGAGAUCAACUUCACAGCUGCCCAGGAUAUCAUCCACAACUCGACAUUGCAUAAGCUGCUGGAAAUGAAAUUCAAUAAGAGCAUUUCACUGGCAGAAGCAGCAGAGAAAGGAAUGCAAAACAGAGAAGAGAAUUCCUUCAACUGGAUGCAUUCACAUAAAGUGGACGCAUAA